UUAAUUUUUUUCUCAGCUUCACAAGAAAAUUUUGAUAAUUAUGACCUUAUUAGAAAAACAAAAGUUCAACUUAAGCAGAAAGAAAGAAAAAAGAAAGAUUUAAGACCAUGUAAGAGAAGUAUGUUAUUUCCGUAUAACAAGUCUAAACUCUUCCGGCUGUUCUGCAUUGAUUUAUGUAACUAUGAGAUAAUUUAGAAAACUGCACGAUGUCAAUGUUCAUACAAUGUCAUGACCACAUGCAUCUGUAAAGUGCAUUACAUCAAUUGCCAGUUUCUGUUUUAAUCAGAAAAACUUUUAGAGCAUUAUGUGGAACUCUUUUAGAAAUAUAAUGAGGCGUGAAAACUGUUUAAUGUGGAUUUUAGCAUUGGAUGUGAUUUGAGUUACGGUACAUGUUUUCUAUACAGUAGUAUGCAUAAUUUCUAUAUACACGCAGAUGUUAAACAGCAUUGCAAGUGAUUUAGAUUUACUAGUGACAGAUAUAUGUCAUACCCAAACAGGGGAGGUAACAGAUAGAGGUGAUUUUAACGCAGAUGAUUGUGUAAAUGUUGCCAUCUAUCAUCAAGAAGAAAUUAAACACGCUAAUCUUGUCACAUGUGCCAGUGAAUUAAGUUUAAGUAGUAGUGAUAAUGAAUCAACCAGUGACAGUGGUCAUGAUGAUAAUCACCACUCCAGUUCCUCACUUCAACAGCAGACGUCGGAUACAAUGAACAAAUUCUCUGAUUCUGGACAGGUCCAAAUGACUCCCACUGAUGGAUAUCGCGAAAUUACCCUCUUUGAGAGGCUAUCCAAAACACAUACAAUAUGGCUACUGUCGAAUAUUGGACGGACUGGAGCUGUUCAUUUACUAAAGGACCUGCCCACUGGGUCCUUCCUGGUUCGUCAGUCAAGUCAGAAAAAUUCACUAGCUCUGUCCGUACAGUGUAGAUCAGAGAGGAAUUCAACUGUAGAUCAUUAUUUGAUAGAGAAUACAGAUCGUGGACUGAAGUUACAAGGAUCAGCUCAUUAUUUCAGAACUAUUCCUACUUUAAUUGCACACUACAUUCAAAACUUGGAUGAACUACCACACAGGUUGAUUCUACCAGCAGCCAUUUUCCAUGCUAAAACAUCACAAGAAUUGUCAGCGAUUGCCAUGUUAGGACAAGAUUUUUGGACAUCGUCAAAAGCUAAAGUUGGUUGUCUUCACGAGGGAGCUCCUUUACAUAAAUCCUGCAGUGAACCCAUCAAUAUUACACAUCCAAAAAGCACAGCCGCCUGGUGUCAGUUUCCAUUAAAAAUAUCAAAAAUCCCAUCACAUUCUGUGGCAGAAUUUCCUACUAUGAUGAAGGACAACUCUUCACAAACUUUGUCAGAAUUUACGGAAAUAGAGAGUCGCUUUAAACCGCCAUUGGUACCGCCAAAGUCAAAACUAUACAGAAGUGAAUCUGGAGUUACUUCCCCUGAAUUUGAGGAUUAUCAACAAGCCGAAGGGGAUUAUCAUAAACAGACAGGGUCUGAUGGUCGAUCUAUUGAUAUGGAUAGCGGUGUUGAUCUUUCGAAACAUAUUUACGACCAAUCACAGACUCAUCCGCCUGUAUCAAAGAAAAACAAAUCAAACCUUUAUUUCUCCACAUCUUUGGAUCUAGUGAAUAUACCAGAAACGACUUACUUUAAAAGUAGUCUUUCAGAUAAACUUAGUGACUAUGAAGAUAUAUGGAAGAAUUCUGUCAGUGAUUCUGAAAGUGUUCGGAAUAAUUUGUGCCAAAGGUUAAAUCGCCAUUUGGUGACAGACUCGGGAACUAGUAUAAAUAUGGUUCCUAGAAUUAAUAAUAAUAUGCAUCCAGGAAGUGAUUGUGCUGUGAAAAAUGUAGAUAAAACAAAAGUAGACAAAGUCCUGUCACAAAAGAUUGCAAACACUGAACCAGGCAAUCAUGGAUUUGUAAAAUCAGUGAAAACUGUUCAAACGGCAGAACUAAAAACAUUUAGGAGUGAAUUUUCAAAAAUUUUGAGAAAAAAGCCCCCUCCAUUAGCAGCUUUGUCGCGAGUGAAAUCAUCAUCUACAUCUUCCUUGACAAAUUUAACCAGUCCUGUUUAUAUGGAACCUGUUGAUGCAGUGAAAUUAAACGGUAAAUCAGCUCUCAGUGUAAGAAUACGUAGACUUUCAGCACCAUCUGGUCCGUUAAAACAAAUGGAUAAACAAGUGUCAAGAAAUCCUGGAUUAGAAACAAUUCUGUCUCCAAGACAAAUGAUCGAAGAGAAGAAAAAGUUCUUCACAUUCGGUCAGCAAAGUGCUCAAGCACAUCUACAAAUGCAAUCUCAGCGUCGUGAAAAGAGAAUUUCUCGCAGUCAGAGUAUGAGAACAGGCCAAGAAAAUCGAUCAAGUGGACAAAAAAUUUGGCAAAGAAAAUUAUUAAAGUUGAACAUCCAAAAUAAUGAACAUGUGUUACAAGGACAACAAAAUGGAGACUCAAACAGAAAUGAAAGAACUGGUCAUGUAAAUAGUUUUGAUGAUUCUAUGUUCAGUGCUGAGGAUAUGGAUAAUGAAUCUCCUAGUAGCCCCCUGUCUAAAUUCCCUGUUUAUCAACCUCCCAACGUGACAGAUAGAAACACAAACAGGACAUCGUAUUAUUCGGAAUCGUCAACCGUACAAGACAUGAUUUCUGGUGCUCAUCCGGAACUUGCCGUUCGUCCAAUCCAUCUUCAGCAUCUGAAACGUGUGUCAGAAUAUGAUAAUUUAGGUCAGUAUGCAGCAGGAAGCAAUCGAGCGCCAAGUAGUGUUGGAACUGUGUUUUGUAAACCCUGGGAUAAUGCAUUUCUGGAUAAUCUUUUAGAGCAAUCCUUAAAAAUACACGUUCCUGCCAUGGAUCCGAAAGAAAAAAUCCAGCAAUGGCAGGAGAAAAAUAAACGAUUCGAGCAUUGUCCAAAUAGUAAUCGUGCCAGUGUGACAUUUAGUGAAGCUCCGAAUUCUGUGAUAUCUAACGAUGUAAAUAAUGCCCAAACUAGCCAAUCACAUGUAAGAAUUAGUCAUCAUUCCACCAAUCAGCAGAGUAGUGUAAAUGGAGUUAGUGAUCAGCGUGAUAGUUGUAUACAUGCCAGUGAUGUAGAAUCUGAUGAUGAUGUUUUGUUGAGUAAUGACGAAGAUGACGAUAAAUUCAUAACAGCUGAUUUAAAGGAGAGAAUGAGACCAAUGGUCUCUAAGUCAUCUUGUCAAUCUACAACUGGUCCUGGUGCUAAAAUUAGAGAAUAUAUAUACAGAAUGUCUCAAGAUCGUAGUUUAACAUUUGGUAGUACGAUAGAUAACUUUAUACAGUGUACUCUAGACGGACAGGAAACUAGUCCGCAUAUAGUCGUUAGAAAUGUUCGACAGUUUAUGACCGGUAUAAAAAAUUAUUUAAUAAAACAUGGAGAAGGUGAAUUAACUGAUAUGAUAGAAAGAGAACGCAGUAAGCUUGGUUCUACAGAGAUAUUAAAUAUAGAUACUUUAAUAGAAGGUGCUCUACAUGUGUGUGUUAUACGACCAUUAAAACAUUAUAUAUAUAGACUGUUUGUUCAACAUCAUAGCAAAAAUGGUAAUUUAGAAUUGAUGUCAGCAAAUAUAAAAUAUGCUAGAAAUAAGACACCUCAAGAAAUAGGAAUUAAGCCUGGAAUUCAACCCCCACAGGGUAGUGAUAUGGAAUUAAUCAAACAUCACCUGGGUAAGAUGCAGAGAGCCUACUCACCUGUUAAAAAACUAGAAAAUUUACUAGCAGCCACCUCAACUAUUUAUCAAUGUGUGCAAGGCAAAAAACAAAUUCCAAAUCGAGGUCCAGCAUCAUUAGGAGCAGAUGAUUUUCUUCCGAUGUUAAUCUAUGUUUUGGUGCAUUCUGGGAUGGUAUCGGCUGAAAUCGAGGCUGAUUAUAUGUGGGGCUUGUUAAAUCAGACAUUACAGAGUGGGGAAGGGGGAUAUUAUCUUACGACAUUUAGUAGUGCUGUGUUGGUUCUUCGUAACUUUAAACAAACACAUGAAAUGACAUCACACCAGAGUCGCCUGCCCAGUAUUAGUGACAUGCAGGGUUUCCUGAAAGUUGCCCUACCAGAUGAAAUUAAAGACAGUAUUACAUGGAAAACCUUACCUGUUAGACCAAACAUGAACACUAAAGAUGUCUGUGCUAUGAUUGCGCAUAAGUUUAAGAUCACAAACCCACAGGAUUAUGGUUUAUAUUUAUUAGUUCAAGGAACAGAAACAACUUUAGCCGAUAAUGUUUGUCCACAGCUGAUUAAAUCAGAACAUCUGGGUAAAGGUGUUGACUGUUAUUUUGCUUAUAAAAGAAAAGCGGCUAAUAUUGCGUGGCCUAAAAACAUGAAAAAACCAUCAGUAGGUAGCUAAUUAUGAAUUAAAAAGUAAGCAGUGUCUUUGGUAGUGGACUAAUAUUGGUGGAUAUUUCAAGUUAUCUUCAGAGGAGUGGCAUAGAAAACAUUUUGAAUAUGAAACUAUUUUUCUUUCCUGGGUGGCAUUUCUAAACUUAUUGCAAUAAUAUAAUUUGACAGUUUUGAUUCCUGCAAUAAGAUGAGACAAGUUUUAUAACAUUGUGAUUGGUGUAAUAAUAGUACAAAUGGAACAUUCUAAGUUAAUUAAUUAUUGUUGUGUCAGAAAAUAUGACUUUUACAUGUUUUGCCUAUAACAUUACGAAUUCUAUGAAUUAAUGUGAAUUGUGGUGGUGCUAGACCCAAGGUAAUUUUAUUUUAUGUGGUAUAUAACAGGUGAGAUAGCCAGCAUCUAGUUAAUUAGUUGAAAACAGAUGAAUAUGUUGGAUGAUAUAUGUAAAAUUGAAUUAGAAAAUUAGACAAACCUUUGAAAUAUCAAGUUUUAGCAGAUCAUCAUGACUAUGGGUAGGUCUAAACAGCAAAUAAAAUGGUAUGAAAACGAAAGUAAAGGGAUGACAUUAAGAUAUAAAAUUCCAUGACUGUACUGUGCUAACAACACAACUGAUAUCAAUGAGUAAGAUAAGUUUAGGUACAGAGAAUUAUUUUAAUGCAUAAGAAUUAAAACUCUGUGAUAUCAAUGAAUAAGAUUGGUUUUGGUAAAGAGCAUUAUUUUCAUGCAUAAGAUGUAAAUGUCCAUGAGAUAUCAAUGAAUAAUAUAGGUUUAGAUACGAGUACUGUUUUCAUGCAUAAUGAACAGUAUAUAUUUAUCUCUCUUGCAUUAUGUUCUAUUUUUAUAUGCCCACAUUUUCAUCUGAUUUUUAUCCGAUUUUGAUGAAACUUGAAAUGUAUGGUUAUAACCCAAAGUUCUUGAUUCCUGUAUACAUUCGUGCAUAUCAGAUUGUAACUUCCUGGAUUAUGGCCCAUGAUUGUUCGAAAAAUCGUGUUUUUUAGCUUGUGGAUUCUCUAGAGGUCACAAUUGUUAAUAUAAAAACUGUUUAAAUAUAUCACCAUUCCACCAUAAUGAAGGUUGACUUCAAAUGGCUGCUCUUUGUGUGCAAAUAGUGUAAAAGUAUGUAAUAAUGUAGACCUCUAGAGGUCACAAUUUUUAUCCGAUUUUGAUGCAACUUAAAAUAUAUCUUUAUAUCCCAAAGAUCUUGGUCCCUUUUGAUAUUUGCACAUUACAGACCAUAACUUUCUGGAUUAUGGUCCCUGAUUGUACGAAAAAUCACUUUUGUUUUUAGCUUGUUCUCUAUCCAUCUCUUGCAAAAUGUGGGCGUAUCUUGCUUGGCAACCGCUGGUUAUUGUAAUAUUUUCAUCCACAUAUUCAAUAGAUAUUGUCUUUUAAACAAUAUCUUGUUCAAUUCAUCAUAAAAUUAUAUGCUGAGACACAAUGAAAACGCACUACUGAUUUGACUGAAUACAGCUUAAACGUCAUUUUUAAUAAAAGAGAAAUCAAUAACAACCCACAAAGGCUAUAACAACUUUCCUGGGAAACUUAGACACAAAGGGUAAAAAUUGAAAGGUUAUCUCUAGCAGCCACACAAGACAUUUUAUACCCUACGUCUGCACCAUAAAUUUGUGAUUUACAACAUUCCAAUCCUGUUCAAUUUUAUCUUUAGUGUUAGAGAUUUGAUGUGUAUGCAGUCCUUGGAAGAUUAAAAAUGUAUAACUAAAACAAGAUUUACAGUCUUCUAUUACUUUUAAUAAAUGUGGUGUGCUUUCGUUGCUUCUCGGUGAAUAAUGAAUAAUCUAUGUUAAUUAUUCGUAUUUGUAAUGGUUUUUUUUUUUUUAUUAAUUUGUUGUUUGGUAUAAAUUUAAACAAUUGUUAUUCAGAAUAUGUGUCAUUUGUUAUUUAUUGAAAUUGAAAUUCAUAACCUUUUAUAGUACAUGUAUAGAGAUUUGAUUAAACUGCUAGGCAUUUAUGUUAUAUAAUGUUAAAAUUGUAUGUGUUACAAGGCAUUUGAUAACUGCAAAUAAAAUCAUGGUUUUGUUAAAAAAAAAAAAAAAAUAUUGGGAAAUUCCUAAAAUAUUUAUAUGUUAAAAUGUUUUAUAAUUAUAGGAUAUUGUAAUUUGCAUAUUGGAUUAUAAAAUCUACUUGCAUAAGAUAUUAUAGGUACUAAUGAUUACCUACGAUAUUAUAUUAAUAAAGAUUUACAUAAUAUACAAAACAAUAAUGUAUGAUAAUUAAUAGCUUAAAGUUUUAAAGUAUUUGCAUAAGAUAUUAAUAUUUAAUAUGAAAAACAUUAUGCUAAUUGCAUACUUAAAGUUUAUGUAUUAAGACAUUAUCUUAUACUAAUUGCAUAAGAGAACAUUAUGCUGUUUUAAUCGCAUACAACUGUAUUUAUAUAUUGUAUUUGUUAAAUGUUUAUGACAUCUUGUUAUGUAUUUUAAUGCUGUUUGUAUAAAUGAAAGUGAUGCUGUUUUUUAUUGAAUAUUAUUUCUUUAAAAGGAAAUUUUUAAACAAUAAAUUGUUUUGAAAGGUGAAUAAAAAUGAGAAAGACCUGUUGAUGCAGAGUUAU